UUGUUUACUUGACUUGUUCCUAAGUCUAAAAUGGAAAGUCAAGAAACUGAAGUGCCUGUAUCAGUUCCUGCAAGUGUACAAGAAAUAUAUGCUUCAAAAUGUACAAAGUUCGACCCCUUAUGGGUACAAGUGCUGAUUAAUUUAAGAAUGAAAUAUUCUAAAUUAUUCACGCGACGACGGAAUUCUGCAUCUGAAGGCUGGAAACUAGUUUUUGAGGAACUUAAAGAAUCUGGUGCACCAGAAUAUAUUUCUAUCACUAAGAUUAAGAAGAAAUGGAUGAAUUUAAUGACUCGAUAUAGGCAAAUAAAAAAUACUACAUUAAAUCCAGAAACUAUCACCUGGCCCUAUUAUGAACAGAUGGAUAGAGCAUUUGGUAAAGAAACGGAGACCGAUUAUGAGGGAAAGUUUGCUGAUUCGUCUCUUAAUCAGUCAAUUACUAAUGAUGAAAGACAAUCUUUUAUGAAAAAAUUAAUAGAAUUAAGGUAUAUACAUAGGCACUUAUUUACUGGAAGAAAAUAUACUGCAAGGGACGGUUGGAUGAUAAUUCAGUCUCUUCUACAGUGCCAAGGCAAAUAUUCAAUAGAUCAAUUAAGUAAAUGUUGGCAAAAUUUAGUACAACGCUACAAACAAUUGGCUAAAGGAGAAUCAACAGAAAACAUAACUUGGCCAUAUUUUGAACAUAUGCACAAGUGGUUUAAGGAAAAUAAAAUACAAGACUUAAAAAUGGAAGCAGAUAUUACUGAAAAUAUAGAAUGUGAAGAUAAAGAUGAGGAAAAAGAUGACGUUGAAAACACCCAGCCGAAAAAUACAUCUUCUGGAGAGUUUUUAGUAAAAAAUAAUCUUUCUUUAGACCGGAUUAAAAUUCAGUUGCUGACCGAAAUAAAAGCACAACAGGAAAAGAACCAUUUAAUAGUUAUGGAAAGUUUGAAAAGUAUUGGUAAUCAGUUAAACAAUUUGAAAAAUGAUGACUUUAAUAAUGAGCACCUAGGCGUUAAGGACAUGGAAUAGUAUUAAUAGUUAGUUUUAAAUGUAAUAUAUUUUUUACAUUAAUAUAACAGUAAUGUCAUUAAAUUUUUUAAUUUUAAUUUGGAAAUGAAAUACUAAUUUUUUAGUUUUCUUGAAACCUUUUUUUAAAGUUAUUACUGAUGACCAGUUCUAAAUGAUUGGAAUUUGUUAAUUUUGAUUUUAAAAAAUUUGAAAAUAAAGAUAAAUUAACAAACAUGUAAUUUCUAUUCAUUGUUUAUGAAUACUUCACACUUACAAUAUAUUAAAUAUUUUAUAAAAAUUUCAUUAUAAUUAGUACAAGGUGAAUACUUAAAAACUUCAGCUUGAGCUAGGAAUGGUGAAUUGAAAUUUCUAAAUUUCUAGUGCUGCCAAAGAUUCUUCUAUAUCAGAAACCUGAUUCUCUGAAUAUCUUUCCUUAAUUUCUUUAAGCACCCAAUCCAGAAUUUUCUGAGCAGCAUCCUUUUUUUUACCAGUUACUACUUUCUGAGUAUUCAGCAUAGCAGAUGUAGUC